AUGCUUUCUUAUUGGACUGACUAUGGCAUGAGUUUCGUUAGCAGCGAAGCACAGUUUCAAUUCCCCAUCGCCCUGCAGAUUCUUUUCGCCCUGGUCACAAUCGCUUUGAUUGUUUUUCUCCCCGAGUCACCUCGAUGGCUCAUCGCAAAGGCUCGGUCCGUAAUCGAUGCUGAGCUGAAGGAGAUUCAGCGUGCUCUCGAGGAAGAGCGAGAAGCGGCUGGCAGCACAAAUUUCUUUGCCGUGCUCAAAAAGAGUCAGCGCUUCAGCCGCAGGGCACUUUUGGGUAUCGGUGCGGUCAUCUUCGAAGUGUCCGUUGGCAUGCCUCACAACUUAGUCAUGCUGCUCGCAGGCUUCAACGGCAUCGCGUAUUUUCUCUCAUCACUCAUCCCAAUUUGGUGCCUCGAUCGUAUUCUCCGACGCAACCUUAUGAUCUUUGCGUGCGAAGGGCAAGCUGCCUGUAUGGCCAUUCUUGCGGGCACGGUAUCCAACGGAAGUUACGCAUGUGGCAUCGUUGCGACCGUGAUGCUCUUUCUCUUUAAUUUCUUUUUUCCUUUAGGCCUCCUCGCGAUCCCCUGGCUCUUGCCCGCAGAGUACGCACCACUUGCGAGCGGCACCAAGGCCGCCGCAGUCGCUACCGCCAGCAAUUGGAUCUUUACUUCCUAG